AAAAUGAGAGGGAGAAGAGCCUUUUAGAGGGCAGCAAUAUAUGGUGGUGAAAGAUGGACAGAAAAUGAAGCGCGGAAGAUGAAUUUCAUAACUAGAUUGGAAAUGUUUCUAAUUAAGUGAUUUUAUCCGGCCUGAACCGCAACCGCACGUCGAGUCCGCAGGGCCAAGACCGGCGACCCCAACUAGAGCCUCCCAAGCCCAAUCGUCCGCAGAAGUAUCGAAUUUUGACGCCAAAAUCCGUGAGAUGGGAAGCGCGAGCACAGCACUCCUAUAUCAUUUGCAUCUCAAAAACUGCAGUUGCUGCUUUAAUCCUCUUCAAUGUGGCGUAAAGCUGCGAACUUCUCCCCAAAUCUACCAGAGAAGAGCGAAGUUGGGAUUCUCGCAGAGAAGGGGUCUUGAAAAUUUUAGUCGAGUUGUUUGCUCUGCUGUUGAUGAUGUGAAAGAGGAGCGGCAACAGUUGGGGGGUAGUGCAGGAGUUGGCUCGGCUCUUGAAGAUAGGCUUGAUGUAGAUGAAGCCUUAAGAGAAGAUACAUUACAAAAUGUUGACCAGGAUACUGAAGGAAGUGCACUUUAUAAUUUUCUUUACCCUGAUAAGGAGCUCCUUCCAGAAGACAAAGAAAUGAGUAUAUUUGACCAUCUAGAGGAGCUGCGUCAGAGAAUAUUUGUGUCAGUUUUGGCAGUUGGAGCUGCUAUCUUGGGAUGCUUUGCAUUUUCAAAGGAACUGAUAAUUCUUCUUGAAGCUCCUGUUAAACCGCAAGGUGUUCGAUUUCUGCAACUAGCUCCGGGCGAGUUUUUUUUUACAACUUUGAAGGUGUCAGGAUACUGUGGUCUUCUUUUAGGGAGCCCUGUUAUUCUCUAUGAGAUCAUUGCCUUCAUUCUUCCUGGAUUAACAAGGGCAGAAAGAAGGUUUCUAGGGCCAAUUGUUUUAGGCUCCUCCGUACUUUUCUACGCUGGUGUCAUCUUCUCCUACCUCAUUCUCACUCCAGCAGCCUUGAAUUUCUUUGUUAAUUACGCAGAAGGGGUUGUGGAAUCAUUGUGGUCAAUUGAUCAGUACUUUGAGUUUGUACUCGUGCUCAUGUUUAGCACUGGCUUGUCUUUUCAGGUUCCAGUUAUUCAACUUCUUCUUGGACGGGUCGGGAUAGUUUCAGGAGACCAGAUGUUAUCGAUUUGGAGAUACGUGGUGGUAGGGUCUGUGGUGGUUGCUGCUGUACUUACACCGUCAACUGAUCCUCUAACUCAGAUGCUUCUGGCGGCACCUCUUUUGGGUCUCUACCUGGGAGGGGCAUGGAUGGUGAAGCUUACAGGGCGAUGACUGCUCUUGUCAUGCCAUUGCACAUGGGGAAAUCUCGUCAUUGGUUGGUCCAUUCCAUCUUGUAGUAUACAAAUCACUGAAAGGGUGUAUUAUAGACUUGAGUUGCAUUUGGAAGAAAAGAAAGGAUGAAUUGCAUCAUAUUCUACAUUUAAUGUUGUAAGAAAUCCUUUGUCAAGUAUGUGUAUACUAGAAUGCCAUGAUUGCAUCUAAUGUAUCCUGUUUAUUUUA